AUGCUACAGGGAGCUCGGCAAGCCUCGGUGCCGUCGACCGCAGGCCCGCGCCCCAACACCGCCAACAGCGCUGCCAUCCUGCAGUCUGAUCAGCCACCUCGCGACGCCGCCGCGCGGGAGGGGAGCCGCGGCGGCACGGGUGCGGAGUCGCUUGUGCGCGGCUCGGUCGUCGCGCCGCGCGUCAGCUGCGGGAUCUGCGGCGGACUCCUCCACGACGCCACCGCCUUCACCGAGUGCCUCCACGCGUUUUGCAGGAAAUGCAUAUAUGACAAGGUUGCGAAAGACAACAUAAAGUGCUGCCCAAAGUGUGGCAUUUUUCUGGGAAAUCCAUUGGAGAAGCUCAGACCUGAUCAUAGCCUGCAACACAUCAGGUCACUGAUAUUUCCCCCUAAGAGGCGCAAGGUUGUCACCAUGAAGAAGAGGAAGGAAAGGGUGUCCUCUGAAUCGACCCUUUCUUCAGUGGUGGGUAUCACUGCAGAAGGAAGCACUGCACUGACACUUGCUGCUUCAGAAAGUAAGGCACAGAAGGAUCUUGCUCUUGUCGAAAGAGAUGCUUUAUCAGGAAUUAAGGGUCGAGACUUUGACUCAGCAUGUGGUCUUACUGAGGAGACCGGAGCCUUGAUUGUGUGGCAAGCAUCACCUAUCCUAGAGGAGAUGGUUGCCCACAAUCAGUUAGACUCCAAGCAGGACCCAGAGAGUUUCAGGCUUCCGGCGACCUCUGAUAUUGAGAACCAGCGACAAGGACCAACUGCACAAAUGAACAAUAUUUCGUUUAUGGUUGAGAGCUCAUCCAGUGCAAGGUCGACUGUCCAGGAUGAUGAAAACUUGAGGGGAAAUUUUCUCACAUUGAUCAAUGAGAGUAACGCAAGAAUCAUGGGAAGGUAUGAUGCCCACAUAAGCAAAUUGAAGGCAGAGAACACAAAAUUAAUAGAGGAGUUGGAAAAUGAAGGGGAGAUGACAAGAAUUCUUGAAGAGAGGCUCCAACGAGAAUUGGAAAAUGAAAGGACAGCAGCUGCUGAGAGAACUAGACUUCUUGAAAAGAAGCUCCGAGAAUUUGAACAUGAACGAGAAGCUGCUAUUGAGAGAACAAGAAUUCUUGAAGAGAGGCUCCAACGAGAAUUGGAAAAUGAAAGGGCAGCAGCUGCUGAGAGAACUAGACUUCUUGAAAAGAAGCUCCAAAGAGUGGAACAUGAACGAGAAGAUGCUAUUGAGAGAACAAGAGUUCUUGACGAGAGACUCCAAAGAGAAUAUGAAAUUGUACAUACUACUGCAAGCCAGAAUGAAGCUUUAAAAGAGGAGAUUUUCAAACUUCAUGAGGAACUGGAACAUGGAAGAGCAGACAACCAGGCUCUGAUGUCAGAUAUUUUGGAGAAAAGUGAGGAGCUUGCUACACUCAAAUAUUAUUCCAAUAUGCUCGAGUCAGAGAAGACAUGUCUAGAAAAUCAAGUUGACCAUCUUGACAAGGAAUUGAAGUAUACUAGGAAAGAGCACAGAAGAUAUGUCAGUAAGGUCUUGGAUGCAGCAAGAGCCAUUCCUAACGACUUAGAGACGAUCAACUCUGAUGCUCUGCCUGGAUCCAGGCGCCCGGUGGGGAUCUGUUAG